CACUGCUCAACUGACAGACUGAGGAGUAAGAAGCACAGAGAUCAAGACAAACGGAAAGUGGAAUGGGCAUGUGAUUCUUUUGCAGGAACUAUCCGUGCACUGAGGUUUUUAACGGUGUAUGGAAAACAGGAAACACAACAACUGCCUGUCAAGAUGGAAAGUACAACCCCCCUAACAUACUCCAAUAUGAGCAUGUCACUGGGAGCAGACGUAACAAACUCGUCCUCACUGCCCAAGACUGAGGAAGGUUACAGUGAAACCGUCAUGAUCCUGUUGGGCAUAAUCAUGUCUUUGCUAGUUUUGUGCAUUGUCUUCGGCAAUAUCCUGGUCAUAACAGCGAUUGCCCGUUUUCAACGCCUCCAAAAUGUCACCAACUGUUUCAUCACAUCCCUGGCAUGUGCAGACCUGGUCAUGGGUCUCAUUGUGGUUCCUUUCGGUGCCUGUUACAUUAUCUUUAACUCCUGGCACUUUGGUAGUUUCUGGUGCGAGUUCUGGACUGCGACCGAUGUGCUCUGCGUGACGGCAAGCAUUGAGACUUUGUGUGUAAUAGCCAUAGACAGAUAUUUAGCCAUUACUUCACCCUUCCGCUACCAGUCAAUGCUGACAAAGUGCAAAGCUCGAAUUGUGGUUGUACUGGUGUGGGUAAUUGCGGCACUGACAUCUUACCUGCCCAUCCAUAUGAAGUGGUCAACAGCAAAGACAGAGGACGCAGAAAAGUGUAUAAACAACAGCUACUGCUGUGAGUUUGACACCAACAUGGCUUAUGCCAUCACCUCCUCCAUCAUCUCCUUCUACAUCCCUUUAAUCAUAAUGGUUUUCGUCUACAGCCGUGUUUUCCAGGAGGCCAAGAGGCAGCUCAGAAAGAUUGAGCAAAGCGUUGGACGCUUUCACAAUAGUGACAACAGCGACUUUAAAACUCUGGAAGCUAACAAUGGGCGUGGCCAAAAAAAGGUUAAGUUUUGCCUGCGGGAACACAAAGCCCUAAAAACACUGGGCAUCAUCAUGGGGAUCUUCACUCUCUGCUGGCUGCCCUUCUUUCUGCUAAACGUGGUGAUGACUAUACAGGACGUGGGGAACAAAGACAUCUUUAGGAUACUCAACUGGAUAGGUUAUUCCAACUCUGCCUUCAACCCGCUCAUUUACUGCCGGAGUCCUGAAUUCAGAUACGCCUUCAAGGAAAUCCUCAGGAUUAAGAGGAACCGCCUCAGUAACCCGGGACAAGUGAAUGGAUACAUCUACGGCAGGCACAGCUGGCAGAGCGAGCAGCAAGGGAGGAGUAAGGGAAACUCAGAGGACAGUGACACCAAUGAAGGGUGUCUGGUGAAAGGAGCGGGGGUCUCCGGUGCUUUGGACAGAACGGUGGACCCAAAUGGCAACUGCAACAAAACCCUGUCGACUGUAACAGCCACCUUAUAAACUUGGAGUCUGACACUGCAGUCAACAAGGAAAUCCAGAUGUGUUUACACUGCUAACAUAGACUGUUUUGCUCCUCAAUUGACCGAUGAAGGUAAGGCCAGUCAAAACAACUGGCAAAUAUUCUGUUGACUGCUUUAAAAAAACUGCAAUCAUCAUGUUGAGCUAAGGAAAGUUUUAUUUUUUUUAUUUUUUUUUUUUUUGUACAGUAAAUUAAUACUGUAAGUAGAUCAUUGUCCUAUUUUUUAUGUUUCUUUUUUUUUACAUUGAUCAUCUACCUCAUCACAGUUUUAAAAUAUUUAAAUCUUAACUCAUUAUUUUUUACAUUCUGCCCACUGGAGUUAAACUAGGGCUGUGUCUUGGCUGUUUAUUUGCUUUAAAUUGUCUGACGAUAAUAUAUUUGGCUUCAGCUGGACCUUUUGGGCAUAGUUUCAGUCCCAAAGCUCUUGGGAAAAAAUCCCACAAAUAAAAUUAGAAUAAACAUACUUUUUAUUUCAUUAUUAAUUUAAGUUGUGGGUUAGAUCUGGGUGCACCUAACUGGCAUAUAAAGCAAGUAUCUUAGUUGCAUCAGAAGUUGGUAAAUAGUAAAGUAACACCCAUUCUGGUGCUUUGUAUGAAAAAAUGCAUUCCAAAUCAGCCACGAUUAUAAUCUGGCAUACUUCAGUCUGUUUUUUCUCUUUUUAUUAGGUAUAGGAGUGUUAAGAUCAACAACACUCAAGUUAAAACCUUGCUCCCUUUUCUCGCACUUCUUCCUGCUCUUGUGCUUAACAGCCUGUUUAAUCUGAGUUUCAGUUGUCAGCUGAAAGCACCAGAGAUGUAAUCUAAAUCUCCCUGUUGAGCUGACAAACCCCUGUGGCCAUCCUCUGCUAAUAUUAUGAUAAAACUUAAAAGUUUCUUCUAUCAGCGAGAUUAUGUUAGAAACGAUAAAGAUAUAUGAUAUAUUUGAAUGGAAAACUAAAGCCAUUAUGGAUAAUAUGGUAAAUUGAACUUAAAUGCUUGGAGCUUGAAAGCACCGGUAAUUUUUUUUUUUUCAUAGUUUACUACAGAGUCAUGUUCUAUAAAGUGGCUCAAAAGUGUUGCAUGCACAUUAAUAUUUGGUAUAUUUUAUAGCGAUUACAUAAGUGUUAGAAAGUAUUUCAUUUUCCCUUCUAUGCAAUAGUAGCAGUUUAACCCGUGCUUGCACAACCCCUGGGUGUUUAUCAAAUCUUUGUGUUUGCUGUGUAUGGGCACUGUUUACUGCAACCAGAGUAGCCAUUUCCUCAUAGUACAAGGGUACAAAUCAUGCAUAAUAAUAAACAGGGCGUUAACAUAGCCAAGUGUUAAUGCUCCAGGUCAAAAGUGUGGUGGUGGCGAUUCGAAGACAAAAACAAUGACAGAACCCUGUAUAGUGCAACUUUGUCACCACUUCCUGACAUUUCGCAGACUGUUCUCAGUGUAUACAGAUGUCUCAGUCUCUCUAAAAUUAGUGUACCACUCAGGAGUCCACAGAACAGUGCCUCAGCUGUUCCACUUGUUUCAGUCAGUUUCAGUCAGUCUUUUUAAAAUGCUUCUUGGUGUGCAUUCUCCAGGAAACAGCCCGAUCCAGCUGAGCCCAGUCUCGAUAAACAUGGAUAAAUAUAUUAUCUCUGCUGUUUAGCUGGGAAAUCAAAUAACUCUUUCCAAAAAUCAACCUUGAAAUAGAUUAGUAGAUGACCACUGAUAGAGUUUCCAAUUUACAGGUUGUGAUGCGAUCCAAAGGAUCAACCUGAAAUGAGACUUUAUUUCUUGCCACCCAUUUUAAGAUUUCAUGCUCUUGGGAAUGCUUUCUUUUCUUGAUGUAAGGAGGCUAUAAUGGGCAGUGAGCGCUUAGUAUGGAGGGAUUUAAUUAAGACAGUCAGGCUCUUUCUUCAGACUAAAUUGCUUGCAAGAUCAUUAAGAUAAAGAGAGGUAGUGGAAGUGUGACUCUAGACAUAGCCCCCUUCCCCAGUCAGUUUGGGAGUCUCUUGUACGAUCUGAUUGAAGUGACAACACGCUAAAUGGAGCUUCUGAAGGUGGGGAGGGGGGGGCGGCAAGGGAUUCUCUGCCAGUCUAAAUUGGUGCUAGUGACAUGUGUUUUAGUGCAUGUAGCAUUGCCUCUGUAAGGAGCUGGAUCAGCUGACACUGUCAAAACUGUGAACUUUGUUCCCUCCAGAGGAAAUCUCUAUGUACUGUAUCGCAAGGUUUGGUCAGCACUGUUAUCACAGACCUUAGGAAUAGACGUAAACAUGGUGUCAUCAUGCGUCAGCCUUUGCCAUGUGAAAAACAAGCUUUCCAGCAUGUUGAUCUUUUUCUGUUUUUCUUUUUUGCGAAUUUACAGCAAAGUAAAUGUAGGGGUUGAAUGUCACAAGAAAUGUACUUUGCCGUUUUUUUCCUUUUUUUUUAACAUUCUCACUGUACAGCAUGCUGACAGCACAAUACUAGAAAAGAACUCAGACCAAGUCUUUGAUAUGUUGUAUUCACUUAGUUAACUGAUGAACUGGCACUAAUUAGUGGCUCUGCUGCUUCUUCUUUUUUAACUUUUAUCUAUUUUAUGUAAUUAUUGAAGCAUUGUGGAAGUGAUUGUUUGCAUGUCUGAAAUGUAUUAGUGGUGUUGUGUUUGUGGACUUCUGUGCUGUUUCCUUUCCAAGUGCUCUAUUUUAGUCCAAGUGAAUAGGUUGUGAACUAUAUAUCUACACUGCACCCUCCUGGCAGUGGCCUCUCCUUGCAGUUCAGCUAUCUUGCAGUUACAAAUGGUUACUGUUUCUUCAAUACCCCUGUACAAUAAGGAUUGUAAUUCAUGCUUUCACAUCCUCAAUGCUUGAGGACACAACACUGUUAUGUGCAAUGAGUCUUGAAUGCUGAGCUGACAGUACAACAUUCCAAGCACAGUACAUGUUUUAUAUCAUGCCUACAAUGCACAUUCAGUUUUCCCAGUGCCUGGUCGAAGGCACUUUACCCACUGCUGUACUUAUGCUAACUCAGCUAAAAAAAAAAAAAAAAGUUAUUUUAAAAGAAGACUAUGGGUCACAGCACGGAUGAGUUUUAGAGGUUA